AUUGUGCAAUUUUGAUUACAUUUGUAUAUAAAUGAAUAUUGUUUACAUUGAUAAGGAAGUUUAAAUAGUCUAAUGUUGUUGAACAAGGAUGUAUAAUGAAAUAUAUUUAUGGAAAACAUUAAAUAUUACGCCUAUCGGGACAUCCAAGAUUACACAGAUGCCGAAUUGAUUAACGAUGACUGUUACAAUAAUAGCCAUAUUGUGUUAUUUUUUACACUGGGGUAUUAGUGCACAAGAGUCAAGGGAUAAACAUCGGUGUAUACACAAGCUCUCAGGUAAAUUGGUACAUGUAUGUUGUUCGGGUUAUCGUCUGUGGAAUGAACAAUGCAUAGAAUGUUUUGGAGCUUUCGGAGAAAACUGCUCGGUACCAUGUGGACAAAAUACUUUUGGAUAUCGCUGUAGAAGGAUUUGUAACUGUACCGAUAAUCAAGUUUGUGACAGAUACACGGGAUGUAUGGAGAGGGACGUUAACCAACAACGUCAUCAGGUUGUGAUAUCACUGAUUAUCGGACUUGGGUUGGCCAUGGUGACUGCGUCGGUAGUGUUUGUGGGUGUCAUGUUUUGUAAAUGGCGGAGACAAAUACAACAGAGGUUUAAACAGGAGGAAGAACAGAUGACGGGGUUUCAAGUAGAUUUGCUCUCAUUUCCUGGUAAGGAGGAAGAGCAUACAGAAACGUAUGAUGAUGUUCGAGAAUCAAAAAUGACCCUUCAUGGCGGAAAUAGUGGAACACGUGACACUGGGGAGUAUAGAAUAAAUUCUACAGAUUACAAUCAACUAUUUAGUGACAAGAAUGCUUUGAAAAAAAACAUAAAUGAAGGAAACCAAUACUGUUACAUUGAUGCACGCUUUCAGAGGGACGACAUGCUACUCACAUUGUCUGAGUACCCGGAAGACGAGUGUUACGUUAGUGUAUCGAGGAAUAACAACCGUCUGCGAAGAAUUUCCAAGUCUUGUUCUGAUAUGAAAGCAAUUUUAACAAAGCCAUACAUCAAUAUCAUUAGCAGUCACAAUGCUAAAUCCACGACAGACAAUUUAGAUAGAGUUGUUCUCAUAGAGCAUUUAUAGACUUUACAUCUCAUUGAAACCUGGCUCUGGGGAAAUUCCUGUAAAACUAGUUUGUGAGGCACUAACGCGGAGUAAUGUACACAAAUGUUCCAUUCCACCACCAUUGAUAGACUCGAUUAGCAUUCCUUUGUAUUCAUCAUGCGAAACACAGCCAUAUUUUGUGGAUGUGCCCUACAUGUAAUAUAUGAUCACUUUGUAUAUUUUUCCUCCAAUGUACAUGAUUGUCUUUCUUUUAUCAUAUGAUAUCCCAUUUUUCUUAGAUAUAUUUAGUACUUUUACAAGAUGUUCUUAGACAUUUUAGGGAUGGUUAAUGUCGAUGACUUAAACCGCUUCCUGAUAAAUAUUUUUACUUUCAAACCAUUUAAAUUACUAGUGUUACACAUGUAUUGAUGACUGUUACACAUGUAUUGAUGACUGUUACACAUGUAUUGAUGACACUUAUGUCGGACAUCCUGGAGAGGUCUUCUUGAGUGCAUUUCAAUUAACGGUAAUGGAAAUUUAUUUGUUUUGACUAAAUCCAUCGAUAUGACUUGAACACCCUGGAGGAAACCGACUACAAAAAGACAUAACUGCACGUGAAUUUGACACCACGUAGGGAAGGAACAGGAAGGACUUUGAUUACAAUACCUCUUUAUGGGACUGUUGACUCGAGACAAUAUAUAUUCAGAUAUGGACGUGUAGAACAAUUCAUUUCAUCAUGCUUCAGUGGUGUACAUUAGGCUAAAUAUUGUAAAUUACCACAGAGAAAUGCAAUCUUGUAUGAUCAUCAACUUUUUGAUUUUACGUGUUGUUUCGUUCAAAUGUCUAAAUUUUAAAAGACUGGUUCAAAUGUGAUAUUCAGUAAGUUAUGGUGCAUCAAAAUUGGUACUGUAUAUGUUUUACAUUAUGAUCCCUGGGUCGAGGCCUCUGCUGUUGGACUGUUAGUCCCCGAGGGUCUCUACAGCUAAGUACUUUGCUACUAUCUUGAAAAUACGGAUGUAUAUUUAAUUGCUGUGAUAAAAUUUAGAAAUUCAUUUCAAAAUUAAGGAUUAUCUCCAUCAUGCAUAGCUCUGAUCCUUAAACGAAUUUGACUCCAGUCUUUGGCACUCUGUUUUUCGUUUUAGUUCUUACAAGUUUAUAGUUGUUUCUGAUUUCCAAUAUUUCUGCUUGAGCAUCACUGAAGAGACAUUUGUCGAAAUGCGCAUCUGGUGCAUCAAAAUUGGUACCGUAUAAGUUUUACAUUAAAGUAACAAUUUGUUUGUAGCAUG